AUGGUCGGCAGGAGAUCGCCGCAAGACGGAGGCACAUUGCUGGCGAUAAGGACAGACAUCAGAGGGAAGGGCAUCGCCAGUGACGAUGUCGUGGACAGACAAACCCGCCCCAGCGUCUCGCGAACCGGCUCUCUUAACUCUCUCGCGUCCGCCGACGAAGCACACAACACCCACCUCUCUGCCUCGUCGGCCGGGAACACAGACACGCUGUCCUCGUCUGAAGUCUCGGCCCACUCCACCGCCCGCACCUCCGCUAUGACCGACGACGAUCGGCCGAGCGCUUCGAGCCCCUCUCGACAUCCCGAAUACCCCCCUCCCGCCAUCAACAUUCUCGAACUAGUAUCAAACACCGCAUCCUCGUCUGCUCUGCCCGAUAGUUUCGGCUUCAACGUCUCCCGGAGAGGAAACUUCGUUGCUGUGUACACGGCGUCAAAUAUUUGGCUCAUCAAAACAGAGGGUCUGCCACGACUGUGGGCGCGGACUCUGGAGGUGAGGCGGAAGCCGGUCGCUAUUGACAUCCAGGAGAAUGGCUUCUUGCUGGCAGUCCUCUCCCGGCCCUCACAGGUUGACUUGUACGAGAUUCACGGCGAGCAGGACAGGCAAAUCAGGAAGAGAAGAACGAUAAUGCUCGUGCAUGAAGCUAGCUCGGUUGUCAUCUCCCCAGACGGCCUUAUCCUCAUCACGGGGAGCCGGUUUGGCAUUGAAGUCGUCGCCGUCGGCCCAGAAGCGCCCGAAUCUUGCAGACGAACAUUGUCUGGCCCCGUAGGGGACACGCUGGAAUUUUCCGAUGACGGGCGGACGCUCCUAAUUACUGGCUAUGCGCGCAAAAAUGGGACCUCGUCAAUGUACGUCCUCCCAGGGCUUUAUGAUGGGCCGCUCAGCGAGGAGGGCGAGCCCAUCCCCGCAUCCCCAGAGGCUGCCUGGACGGGCCUAGUGCUCUUCCCCGAAACAGCGAGGAUUGCACGACAAGCUACCCUUUUGCCAGACGCUGAUACAGGCCAAGUCAAUGAGUUGUUUGCCUUCAACGCUGAUGAUGACACGUGGGGUGUAUACGAUAUUGCCAGCCAACGAUUCACGCAGACUAAGAUGUUUCUUCCCGAUCAACAGCGGUGGACUCGAUCAGAGUUCAUUGACGAUGCCAUGCCAGCCAUUUCUCCAAAUUCAGAUUUUGCUGCUGUCGCGCUUCGGAUACGAGGGACGACUAGCCUCUGGAUAUAUCAGGUACCUGAGUGGGAUUACAAACCCAAGCAGAAAUCUAGCGACCAGUCACCCAUCCAGCCCUGCUUCUGCAUCCCAAUUCUUCAAGACAGCACAGAGUCUCACCAGGAGAUCUGCGUUCUACGCUGGGUCAGGAAGAACAAGCAUGUUCAACAACUUCUCGCUGUUGGGAAUAUAAGCACCCCUCCCACUGAAUCUGAUGGACCAUCUGUUCCGCAAGGGUCGAAGGGUGUUAUUGUUGUGCUUGAUUUCGAUUCGAGUAAACCUGCUAGUAGCCAAUGCCCUGUCCCGACCAAGACUGAGUAUGAUUUAGACAGCCUUUUGCCUGGAGAACGGUUACCAGAAGGAGCAAUCGACUUCGAGCGAGAAGUAGAACUGGUGAGAACACGGACAAUAGCACAGAGACGGGCUCAAGAACGGGGAGUCGACGGGCGGAGACAUUCCAGAGCUGGACCCGGCCGUUCUCACACUACUGCGAACCGAGAGCGUCCUACGUCAAUUCGUCCACUCAUUCCAUCCAUUACGAGAGAUGACGAAGAGGAGUUGACAGGGGAAGAGGUUCAAGCAGCCUUCGAAGUCCCAUAUGAUCAUACCCAACCAAGAUCUCAAAUAUCCCUUGCACGAGCGGCCACUGUUGCUGCCGUGUCUCCCGCAAAUCGUCGCCAUCUUAGGGCUCUACCUUUCAGGCCUCUGGAGUACCGACGUGCAGACGGACUUCGGGAAUUUCCUCAUGAAAGUGACGCGGAUAACUGGGUGCCUCCGCCACCAGCAUAUACAGCAACGGCCGAAGCAGCUCAAAGCGUUAGUUUAAGCCAUCCUGAUGCUCCUCCGGUCCCAAGACACAACAGUCCGGUCCCAAGUGAAGUUCCUCCAGUUCCACCUCUCCCAGCAACUAGACGGCCUUCACAACAACUCACCACGAACCCAUAUCCAUCCAGAGGAAGUUUCCAGUCUCAGUCAUCCUCCGAUCUGACCCUUGCCGCUCCCCAACCCCGUCCUUCACUGCUCCAUCCAUCAACAUAUCCCAGCCCUCAGUCACCAACCGCAUACCAAGCGAUGUCGUCUGCUUUUCCAGGCCGACGUCUAACCCUACGAAAUCGAGUCGAAAGCACGGUCGAGUUACGUCCUCCCCCAAUAGUCGAUCCUGCAACAGGCCGCAGAGGGUCAGCGCCGGACACUGGAGCGCAUCGUCGACAUAUACCUAUCGUGACCUCGCCAAAUCGAGUCAGUAUGCCGAAUGGUCUAACUGGGAGAUCUACUUUCAGGCGAGCUAUGCUUCCGAGGCUAUCGACAUUGGGAGAUACUGUUACCCAACGAGGACCUCUAUCUGCACCGCCAAGAACCACUUCAGGGCAGACAAGACGUCCACAAAGGCCCGAACCAAGGACUGGGGUGAAAGAUAAGCAGAAGUCUCCUGGGAAGAAGAGGAUUGGGUGUGUGGUGAUGUGAGGAACCCGUUGAAGGCAACAUUAGCAAUACCUCCUACCGCUACAUUGGAUUUGAUAAAUAUUUGCUCUCUUUUCCUGCUAUAUUGUGAAGUUCUGGAGUUUGGGGGAUCUUGGCGUACAUAAUAUACCCUUAUGGGCGUUUCAGGGCGUCCUUUUUACCUUCCUCCUUUCCCCUGUGAGGUUUGGUUAGGGAUUUGGUAAGGAUUGGAAUUGAAAUGGAAGGAAUGGAUGAUGAAUAGCGUUAUGAUGGG